AGUAUGUGAAAGACUAAAGUCAAAGUAAAUAUGGAUUUAGAAUAGUAGUUAUAUUUUACUAACCAAAUACCAAAAAAAACCGAACCGAACCGAAACCAACCCGAUAUCCGGAUUGAACACCCGUAAUCCAAAUGAAGCCAAACUAUUGUUUCAUUUUCCAAAAUAUAACAAAAAUAAUAACUUAAUCCCGCGCAAAGCGCGGGUCUUAUCCUAGUUAUUAUUAAGAGAGCUUACAUAAAUUAUGUAGCAGAAGCAAAAAUCUUCUAGAUGAAAAUGAAUAUAUGAUAAUUAUCUAACCAUUUCAUUAACAAGUUACAAGUGUAUGAUAGUAGCCAAUAAGCAAAACAAAAGAAUGAAAUGAUUUGAGAAAGUCAAAGAAUUUUCUAAUAGAUCCAAAACUGCCAAUGAAAGAGUAUAUUGUACACAUUAUAAUAACACAAACUAAGCUAUCUAUUAUCACAAAAGAAUGUCAAAUUAUAAUACAGUAAUGAAAUAUAAACUUUCUUUUUAGUAGUUUAGUUUGGGAAUUAUGUAGCUUCAUAAAUAGUUCUUUUUUUGUUUCAAAAAUAAAAGUUUGAAAAGAGCAAGUCUAAAAAAAAGUCUACUCAUCUGCAUAUUUUAUUCACAAUUGACUGCUUAGUGGCUGAUUCAUCCUAGGAUGUCUUUAUAAGACGACAGACUUUCUUUUGAGAGUCUUCACCUCUCUCCACUUUCUCACUAGCCCUUUUCAAAGAAGUUUCAUCAUCUCCUAUAUAUAUAUAUAUAUAUAUAUAUACAUAUUAAGAAAACCAUUAACAAUAUAGACAGAUAAAAUCUUCUCAAAGAAACACAAGAAGAUCCACUCUCAGAGAUGAAACGAAUAAGAUUUUCCUGGAAGAAUAUAUGUCUUCCCAUAAGCUGCAUCAACAACACAAACCAGAAGACUACAUGUACAACAAACCCAUCAAAGGAAAGACUUCUUCUGCUAUCCAAACAAACCUCUGUCCGAAGCAGAGUCUACUUGUCGGAUUUCAGCAACUCAACAAUCUCACUCAACGACUUGUCAAACUCUUAUCUCAUAGACAUUCACAUCUUCACCUUUGAAGAGCUCAAAACGAUCACACAAGGCUUCUCAAAGUAUAAUUACCUCGGUGAAGGAGGAUUCGGGGAAGUCUACAAAGGGUUUGUUGAUAACAGCGUCAAGACUGGUUUGAAAGCUCAGCCUGUUGCUGUUAAGGCAUUGAAACGAGAAGGUGGACAAGGCCAUAGAGAAUGGCUGGCUGAAGUUGUAAUCCUUGGUCAGUUGAAGCAUCCUAAUCUUGUGAACUUGAUCGGCUACUGCUGUGAGGAUGACCACAGGCUUCUAGUUUACGAAUACAUGGAACGAGGCAAUCUGGAAGACCAUCUGUUUCAAAAGUAUGGUGGAGCCUUACCUUGGUUAACAAGAGUGAAUAUUCUGCUUGGUGCUGCUAAAGGCCUUGACUUCCUUCACAAGGAAGAGAAACCUGUCAUUUACAGAGAUUUUAAGCCUUCCAACAUCCUCUUGAGCUCGGAUUACAGCUCUAAGCUUUCAGAUUUCGGCUUAGCCACAGAUGGAUCAGAGGCAGAUGACGCAGACUUUACCAAAAGUGUGAUGGGCACAGAAGGCUAUGCUGCUCCAGAAUACAUCUCAGCAGGUCAUUUGACAACUAUGAGCGAUGUGUUCAGCUUCGGUGUGGUGCUUCUGGAGAUGCUAACAGCUAGAAAGACAGUGAAGAAGUACCGGUCACAGAGAGAGAGGAACCUAGUGGAAUGGGCUAGACCCAUGUUAAAGGAUCCCAACAAACUUGAACAGAUCAUAGACCCGAGUUUAGAAGGGAGAUACUCGCUUGAAGGCAUCAGAAAAGCAGCUGUCUUAGCGUACCAGUGCCUGAGCCACAACGCUAAGUCACGGCCUACUAUGGCCACUGUCGUCAAGACCCUAGAGCGAAUUUUAGACCUCAAAGACAUCCAAAACGGACCGUUUGUGUACAUUGUUCCAGUAGCAGGCGCAAAUAAAGUUCAUGACAUCAAAUGUAACUGAUCACACAGAAGAUAAAUGUUUUAUUUUUUUUAUACAGGUAUGUAUAUUAGGAGACAGUAAGUAUACAGGAGAAAUACACAAAAAGGUUGUGUUAGAUAAAUGAAAAUACUAUAAGGUUCAAUGAAAUUCUGCAGAUGUUUUGAUAGAAACGUUAGCUACAAGUCAAUUUUCAGUUUUGUAACCACAGAUGUAUAAGUCUUAAUUGUAUGUGUGUUUCAAAAGGGAUAUUAUUACUUGGAUACUCAACAUCAUUAUCCUAAAUUGACUGUAGUUCACCAACAAAGAAUUUUCAGUGGUGUAAGCGUGUACUCUAGGUCAAUGUUUUAGAAUAUGGGUACAUAUGCAAGCAUGUUCCAAAUUUCAGACAGAACAGUUUCAUAUACAGACAGAUUAGAUGACAUACGUUGGUUAUGAAGAAAGACUUCUUAGUCCUACCGAACACCACUCAAAGACUUGUAGAAAAAAAAAACACUUUUGUGGUUGCUUAUGUCACCUCUAGUUUUCUACAUGCCCCUGAUUGACAAAACAGGGACAAGAAGCAGCCACUUGGUGAUCUUGUCUAUUUUUCUAAUUAAGGAGACUUCAAACGGAUAACAGGUUGUAUGUCACUAACAAAACCGAAGCAAUACAGAGAAACAUAACAAAUCUUCAAACUGAUGAUUCAGGCAAAAUUUCA